CUGUGGAGAACACUGAUCUCAUUCUUGGACCUGCCAUGUUUUGUGGAGUGGGUCUGACUGUCGGUGUCCUCGACCUGGCCAAAGUGUUUGACCUGACAGACAUGAGAAGACUUCAAGUCUCUGCACAGAGUCAAACACAAGCCUGGAUUGGACUGUACAGCGAGCCAGGAGACAACAGGAGGUGGCACUGGUCUCUGCCGGGGGAGGAAUACACUGAAAAUAAGACCUGUUGGGGAGAUGAAGAGCCAAAUGAUCAUAACAAACCUGAGAACUGUGUGAGGACAGUAGACAAGUGGGCAGAUUUUCCAUGUAGUGACAAAUUUCAGUUCAUCUGCUAUGACGAAACAAUGAAAGACAAUAAAAUGUUUCAUUUGAUUGCGGAGGAGAAGUCUUGGACUCAGGCUCAGAACUACUGCAGACAGCAUCACACUGACCUGGCCAGUGGACUCGAUCAGAUAUACAGUGAAGAGUUUAAGACGCUGCAGAACUCUAAAGAACUGUGGAUCAGCCUGUUCAGAGACAGCUGGAGGUGGUCAGAUGGGAGUAACUUCUCUUUCAGAUACUGGGACAUGGACUCAUUUAAUGAUGGACUAAACAACAGGACAUGUGCUACGACUCUGUUAGAGAGAUCAGGAAGAUGGAGCUCUGCUGGAUGUGACCAAAGAAAGCCUUUCUUCUGCUAUGAUGAUAACGUGAUCCUGAUCCAAGAAAGCAAAACCUGGGAGGAAGCCCUUUAUUACUGCAGAGAGAAACACCAUGAUCUGGUUUCCAUCACCAACCGCCAGAAGCAGGUGUGGCUCCAGGAAAAAGCAAGAAACGCCUCCACUCCUUUUGUCUGGCUGGGGCUGCGCUACACCUGCACUCUGGGCUUCUGGUUCUGGGUCACUGAUGAGGUCAUUGGAUAUAACAACUGGGACUCUAACAGCAAAGUUGACGUCUGUGACAUGUCUGGAGCCAUAAAUAGAGCAGGAGAGCAGAAGUGGGUCAGUAAGUCUGAUGAUAAUAAGUUUAAUUUCUUCUGUUCUAAACAUUAA